CCAAAGCAAAAGCAGAUGGCGGAAAAUCCAAGUAAGUGAUUAUUCGCGUCCACUACCUGCCAGCACUGUAUAAAGGCCGGCGCCAUUGCUACUGAAGGAAUAGUUUCGAAACAGAAAUGGUGCAAAUUGCUAACGAAAAACAGAAGCCAGUGGAGGCGUCCUCUAAGAUAAGACAGCUCCAACUGGGUGGACACGUUGGAUUUGACACUCUGCCGGAUCAGUUGGUCAACAAGAGUGUCCAAAAUGGCUUUGCAUUUAACAUCCUGUGCAUUGGGGAGACGGCCAUCGGAAAAUCGACCCUCAUGGACACACUUUUCAACACGAAUUUUGGUUCGACUCCGAGUCCCCACAACCUGCCCAAUGUGAAGCUCAUGGCCCACACUUACGAGCUACAGGAGAGCAACGUGCGGCUGAAGCUUACCAUUUGCGACACCAUCGGAUACGGCGACCAAGUAAACAAAGCCGACAGCUACAAGGCUCUCGUGGAUUACGUGGACAGUAAGUUCGAGGCUUACCUGCAGGAGGAGCUCAAGAUCCAGCGGUCAAUAGGCACUGCUCACGACGGACGCGUCCACGCUUGCCUCUACUUCAUCUGCCCCACUGGCCAUGGCUUGAAAGCCGUGGACCUGGUGUGCAUGAAGCAGUUGGAGUCACGGGUAAACAUAAUACCCGUGAUUGCAAAGGCGGAUACUAUUUCCAAGGCAGAGCUGGCUGGGUUCAAGAAACGCAUAAUGGACGAGUUGCACCGCAACAAAGUCAACAUAUAUCAGUUUCCCACCGAUGACGAAACUGUAUCCGAAACCAAUGAAUCAAUGAACGAACAACUGCCUUUCGCCGUUGUCGGCAGUACAGAUUUUGUGAAAGUGGCUGGAAAGCAAGUCCGCGCCCGCCAGUACCCUUGGGGCUCCGUUCACAUCGAGAACGAAACGCACUGUGAUUUCGUGAAACUACGCGAGAUGCUCAUCCGCACGAAUAUGGAGGAUCUGCGGGAGGUCACCCAUCAGCGCCACUAUGAGCUCUUCCGCCAACGACGCCUGCAAGAGAUGGGUUUCGUAGACGUGGAUAGCAACAAUCAGCCGGUUUCCUUCCAGAAGACCUUUGAGUCUAAGCGGAGCGAUCACUUGGCCAGUCUGCAGGCCAAGGAGGAGGAGGUGCGCCAGAUGUUUGUGCAGCGAGUGAAGCAGAAGGAGAACGAGCUCAAGGACAGCGAGAAGGAGCUGCACUCGAAGUUUGAACGGCUGAAGCGGGAGCACCUGGAGGAGAAGGCCAAGCUGGAGGAGUCUCGUCGACUGUUGGAGGAGGAGUGUCAAGAACUGCAGCGCCGACGGCUGCAAGUGGCUAAUGGGAACCAGACACUAAGCAGAAAGAAGAAAUAGUUUUGCCCUAUCGUUUUUUUAUCUUAAAUUUUUAAAACUAAUUGCAUUUCAUUUAUAAGAGCUUAAUUAUUAAUUGAAAACGAAUUUAUUUUACUUUUAUAUUUAAAUAUAAAUCUUUAAUAUUCGA